AGGCAGGCUUAUUACAGAUAAUGUUUUAGUUGCUUAUGAAUGCAUGCAUACCAUUCGUAAACAAAAGGCCAACACCCCUUUCUUUGCUUUGAAAAUAGAUAUGAUGAAGGCUUAUGACCGGGUCGAAUGGAAAUAUCUUCAGGGAGUUUUAAGUAAGAUGGGUUUUGCUGAUGGAUGGAUCCAAACUGUAAUGAAAUGUGUGACAAAGGUGCGAUAUGCCAUACAAGUUAAUGGUGAACUCUCAGAGCAUUUUAUUCCAACAAGGGGAUUGAGGCAAGGAGAUCCCAUCAGUCCAUACCUUUUUCUCUUAUGUGCGGAAGGCCUAUCUUGCUUAAUGAAGAAAAAAGAAGCUGAAGGUAAAAUAAACGGUGUAAAAAAUGGGAGAACUGGACCAGCAAUAUCUCACCUCCUUUUUGCAGACGAUAGUAUUUUUUUCAUUAGAGGUGAUAUGAAGAACCUUCAAGCUCUUAAUGAGGUGUUGCACUUGUACAGUGAAGGAACAGGCCAACGGAUUAAUUUUCAGAAAUCAUCACUUUUAUUUGGUGACAAAUGUCCGGAACAAGUUAAGGACAGAGUUAAAUCAUAUAUCAAUGUCCGUAAUGUAGUUGUGCAAGCAAAUUAUUUGGGCAUGCCGUCUUGGGUGGGGAGAUCUCCUACAAGCACUUUCAAUUUCUUACCUGAACGUAUGUGGAGGAAAAUAAGAGGCUGGAAUGAUCGCCCCCUUUCAAGGGCUGGUAAGGAGGUUAUGUUUAAAUCAGUCAUUCAAGCAAUCCCAAUAUAUGUUAUGAGCUGUUUCCGCCUGCCAGCUGCAAUUUGUGAUAAGAUGAGGACAACAAUCUCGAAUCAUUGGUGGGGCAUUGAAGAGGGUAAGAAAAAGAUGCACUGGCGUUCAUGGGAAUGGCUGACCGCCCCUAAAGCCAUGGGUGGCAUGGGGUUUCGAGAUAUGCAAAUUUUUUAUCAAGCUAUGUUGGGCAAACAAGCUUGGAGAAUUCUAACUGUUCCUAAUUCGCUUUGUGCGAGAGUGCUCAAAGGGCGCUACUUUCCUUGUUGUUCUUUUUGGGAUGCGUCUCAGCCCCGAAGUUCAUCUUUCACAUGGCGCAGCAUCAUGUAUGAUGGAGCAGCUGGCAGCUGGAAUGAAGAGAUGGUUCGAGCUUGUUUCAAUGAAGAUGAUGCUGAAAAGAUUUUGCAGAUACCUCUGUGCCAUACUCCUUGUGAGGAUUUCCCAGCUUGGCUACACACUAAAGGCCGCAGAGGAUCAUGAAGCAACAGUUUUUGCAAUCACAGUAUGGCACAUUUGGGAGUCAAGAAAUGCAGUUAGAAAUGAUGGACUCCACCGCCGAUUGGUUGGUUGAUGCUCAAUGUGGAUGCUGCUCUUUUUAAAAAUCCAUCUCGUAUUGGCGUGGGUGUAGUAAUCCGCGAUCACGAUGGGGAUUUCAAAAUGGCCUUUUGCAAGGUGAUGGAUAGGAUUAAAGAUCCUGAGAUGGCUGAAGCUAUGGCAGUCCGAUGUGCUGUUAUUUUUGCGAAGGAAAAAAAUCUUCAACAUAUUGUUGUUGCAUCAGACUGUCAUAAUAUCAUCAAGAAGUUACAAUCACAAAAUCUAGACAGAUCUGAAGUUGGUGCUAUCAUAUGUGAUAUAAAAAACUUAGUAAGAGAGGUUACAUUCUCUUUUAUGUAUAUUCGUCGAAGUUGCAAUGAGGCAGCUCAUGUAAUGGCUAGGCUAGCAGAUUAAUUCUCUGAAUCUGUUUGGUGUAAUGAAGCUCCGGAUGCAAUCCGGGCUAUCCUUUGUAAUGACCUUUAUAGUAAUUAGUA